AUGGCCUCUUGGUGCAGCGAGAAGACGCAAGUGUCUGGGCAUUUUGCUACGCCGUCUCCCCCCGCCCCCACGCUACGCCGUCUCCCCCCGCCCCCACGCUACGCCGUCUCCCCCCGCCCCCACGCUACGCCGUCUCCCCCCGCCCCCACGCUACGCCGUCUCCCCCCGCCCCCACGCUACGCCGUCUCCCCCCGCCCCCACGCUACGCCGUCUCCCCCCGCCCCCACGCUACGCCGUCUCCCCCCGCCCCCACGCUACGCCGUCUCCCCCCGCCCCCACGCUACGCCGUCUCCCCCCGCCCCCACGCUACGCCGUCUCCCCCCGCCCCCACGCUACGCCGUCUCCCCCCGCCCCCACGCUACGCCGUCUCCCCCCGCCCCCACGCUACGCCGUCUCCCCCCGCCCCCACGCUACGCCGUCUCCCCCCGCCCCCACGCUACGCCGUCUCCCCCCGCCCCCACGCUACGCCGUCUCCCCCCGCCCCCACGCUACGCCGUCUCCCCCCGCCCCCACGCUACGCCGUCUCCCCCCGCCCCCACGCUACGCCGUCUCCCCCCGCCCCCACGCUACGCCGUCUCCCCCCGCCCCCACGCUACGCCGUCUCCCCCCGCCCCCACGCUACGCCGUCUCCCCCCGCCCCCACGCUACGCCGUCUCCCCCCGCCCCCACGCUACGCCGUCUCCCCCCGCCCCCACGCUACGCCGUCUCCCCCCGCCCCCACGCUCCCUGCGGGAUCGGGGAGCACUUUGCUACGCUGUCUGCCCCCGCCCCCGCCCCCGCGCUACGCUGUCUGCCCCCGCCCCCGCCCCCGCGCUACGCUGUCUGCCCCCGCCCCCGCCCCCGCGCUACGCUGUCUGCCCCCGCCCCCGCCCCCGCGCUACGCUGUCUGCCCCCGCCCCCGCCCCCGCGCUACGCUGUCUGCCCCCGCCCCCGCGCUACGCUGUCUGCCCCCGCCCCCGCGCUACGCUGUCUGCCCCCGCCCCCGCGCUACGCUGUCUGCCCCCGCCCCCGCGCUACGCUGUCUGCCCCCGCCCCCGCGCUACGCUGUCUGCCCCCGCCCCCGCCCCCGCGCUACGCUGUCUGCCCCCGCCCCCGCCCCCGCGCAACGCUGUCUGCCCCCGCCCCCGCCCCCGCGCAACGCUGUCUGCCCCCGCCCCCGCCCCCGCGCAACGCUGUCUGCCCCCGCCCCCGCCCCCGCGCAACGCUGUCUGCCCCCGCCCCCGCCCCCGCGCUACGCUGUCUGCCCCCGCCCCCGCGCUACGCUGUCUGCCCCCGCCCCCGCCCCCGCGCUACGCUGUCUGCCCCCGCCCCCGCCCCCGCGCUACGCUGUCUGCCCCCGCCCCCGCCCCCGCGCUACGCUGUCUGCCCCCGCCCCCGCCCCCGCGCUACGCUGUCUGCCCCCGCCCCCGCCCCCGCGCUACGCUGUCUGCCCCCGCCCCCGCCCCCGCGCUACGCUGUCUGCCCCCGCCCCCGCCCCCGCGCUACGCUGUCUGCCCCCGCCCCCGCCCCCGCGCUACGCUGUCUGCCCCCGCCCCCGCCCCCGCGCUACGCUGUCUGCCCCCGCCCCCGCCCCCGCGCUACGCUGUCUGCCCCCGCCCCCGCCCCCGCGCUACGCUGUCUGCCCCCGCCCCCGCCCCCGCGCUGCGCUGUCUGCCCCCGCCCCCGCCCCCGCGCUGCGCUGUCUGCCCCCGCCCCCGCCCCCGCGCUGCGCUGUCUGCCCCCGCCCCCGCCCCCGCGCUGCGCUGUCUGCCCCCGCCCCCGCCCCCGCGCUGCGCUGUCUGCCCCCGCCCCCGCCCCCGCGCUGCGCUGUCUGCCCCCGCCCCCGCCCCCGCGCUGCGCUGUCUGCCCCCGCCCCCGCCCCCGCGCUGCGCUGUCUGCCCCCGCCCCCGCCCCCGCGCUGCGCUGUCUGCCCCCGCCCCCGCCCCCGCGCUGCGCUGUCUGCCCCCGCCCCCGCCCCCGCGCUGCGCUGUCUGCCCCCGCCCCCGCCCCCGCGCUGCGCUGUCUGCCCCCGCCCCCGCCCCCGCGCUGCGCUGUCUGCCCCCGCCCCCCGCCCCCGCGCUGCGCUGUCUGCCCCCGCCCCCGCCCCCGCGCUGCGCUGUCUGCCCCCGCCCCCGCCCCCGCGCUGCGCUGUCUGCCCCCGCCCCCGCCCCCGCGCUGCGCUGUCUGCCCCCGCCCCCGCCCCCGCGCUGCGCUGUCUGCCCCCGCCCCCGCCCCCGCGCUGCGCUGUCUGCCCCCGCCCCCGCCCCCGCGCUGCGCUGUCUGCCCCCGCCCCCGCCCCCGCGCUGCGCUGUCUGCCCCCGCCCCCGCCCCCGCGCUGCGCUGUCUGCCCCCGCCCCCGCCCCCGCGCUGCGCUGUCUGCCCCCGCCCCCGCCCCCGCGCUGCGCUGUCUGCCCCCGCCCCCGCCCCCGCGCUGCGCUGUCUGCCCCCGCCCCCGCCCCCGCGCUGCGCUGUCUGCCCCCGCCCCCGCCCCCGCGCUGCGCUGUCUGCCCCGCCCCCGCCCCCGCGCUGCGCUGUCUGCCCCCGCCCCCGCGCUGCGCUGUCUGCCCCCGCCCCCGCGCUGCGCUGUCUGCCCCCGCCCCCGCGCUGCGCUGUCUGCCCCCGCCCCCGCGCUGCGCUGUCUGCCCCCGCCCCCGCGCUGCGCUGUCUGCCCCCGCCCCCGCGCUGCGCUGUCUGCCCCCCGCCCCCGCGCUGCGCUGUCUGCCCCCGCCCCCGCGCUGCGCUGUCUGCCCCCGCCCCCGCGCUGCGCUGUCUGCCCCCGCCCCCCGCGCUGCGCUGUCUGCCCCCGCCCCCGCGCUGCGCUGUCUGCCCCCGCCCCCGCGCUGCGCUGUCUGCCCCCGCCCCCGCGCUGCGCUGUCUGCCCCCGCCCCCGCGCUGCGCUGUCUGCCCCCGCCCCCGCGCUGCGCUGUCUGCCCCCCGCCCCCGCGCUGCGCUGUCUGCCCCCGCCCCCGCGCUGCGCUGUCUGCCCCCGCCCCCGCGAUGCGCUGUCUGCCCCCGCCCCCGCGAUGCGCUGUCUGCCCCCGCCCCCGCGCUGCGCUGUCUGCCCCCGCCCCCGCGCUGCGCUGUCUGCCCCCGCCCCCGCGCUGCGCUGUCUGCCCCCGCCCCCGCGCUGCGCUGUCUGCCCCCGCCCCCGCGCUGCGCUGUCUGCCCCCGCCCCCGCGCUGCGCUGUCUGCCCCCGCCCCCGCGCUGCGCUGUCUGCCCCCGCCCCCGCGCUGCGCUGUCUGCCCCCGCCCCCGCGCUGCGCUGUCUGCCCCCGCCCCCGCGCUGCGCUGUCUGCCCCCGCCCCCGCGCUGCGCUGUCUGCCCCCGCCCCCGCGCUGCGCUGUCUGCCCCCGCCCCCGCGCUGCGCUGUCUGCCCCCGCCCCCGCGCUGCGCUGUCUGCCCCCGCCCCCGCGCUGCGCUGUCUGCCCCCGCCCCCGCGCUGCGCUGUCUGCCCCCGCCCCCGCGCUGCGCUGUCUGCCCCCGCCCCCGCGCUGCGCUGUCUGCCCCCGCCCCCGCGCUGCGCUGUCUGCCCCCGCCCCCGCGCUGCGCUGUCUGCCCCCGCCCCCGCGCUGCGCUGUCUGCCCCCGCCCCCCGCGCUGCGCUGUCUGCCCCCGCCCCCGCGCUGCGCUGUCUGCCCCCGCCCCCGCGCUGCGCUGUCUGCCCCCGCCCCCGCGCUGCGCUGUCUGCCCCCGCCCCCGCGCUGCGCUGUCUGCCCCCGCCCCCGCGCUGCGCUGUCUGCCCCCGCCCCCGCGCUGCGCUGUCUGCCCCCGCCCCCGCGCUGCGCUGUCUGCCCCCGCCCCCGCGCUGCGCUGUCUGCCCCCGCCCCCGCGCUGCGCUGUCUGCCCCCGCCCCCGCGCUGCGCUGUCUGCCCCCGCCCCCGCGCUGCGCUGUCUGCGCCACGCCCCCGCCCCCGCGCUGCGCUGUCUGCCCCCCCGCCUGUCGUAA